AUGAAUCCAUGUCGGAGUUGUGUCAAAAGCCUUAUUUCGUUUAUUAGAAAAAUACAAGAAAUAAAUCCAGUAAGAGAUUUAUCAACAACUACAGCAGCAAGAUCGGAUAAAGUGCCUGAAAAUGAAGAAGAUACGAUAUUAGUGGAUAAGGAUGAGUCAAUUACCCUCAUCGGUAUAAAUCGUCCAAAGCAACGUAAUUCCAUAAAUGCCCAAACAGCUGAAAGGCUAUCCAAUGCCUUGGCAGCAUUUGAGGCUGAUGACACCUCACCCAUAGCCGUACUCUAUGGGGUGGGUGGCACCUUUUGUGCCGGUUAUGACAUACAAGAGUUGGAGUCUCAAUGUGAAAAGGGAAGUUUAGAUUUCCUGCUGCGUCAUGAAGGCUCUGUCGGUCCAACAAGACGCCAUCCAAAGAAACCUAUUGUCUGUGGCAUUAAUGGUUUUUGUGUGGCCAGUGGUUUAGAAUUGGCUUUAAUGUGUGAUCUGAGGGUAAUGGAAGACACCGCGAUUUUGGGAUUUUUCAAUCGUCGUUUUGGUGUUCCCGUAAGUGAUGGUGGUACAGCCCGUUUGGCAGCCAUUGUUGGUUAUUCCCGUGCUUUAGAGUUAUUAGAAAGUGGUCGUCGUAUUGAUGGCCGUGAGGCUUUAAAUAUUGGUUUAGCAAAUCGUUUAGUUGCCACCGGUACAGCAUUGGGUCAAGCUGUCAAUUUGGCAUUUUCCAUUGUGAAAUUCCCCCCGGCUUCGUUAAUACGUGAUCGUAGUUGUUUGUAUACGAAUGCCUAUAGUCGGCAAGGUUUUCGAGCAGCCAUGCAAACGGAAAUUAUGAGCACCUCGAAAGAGGUGCUGACCGAACUGAAAGAGGGGGUGCAACGUUUUAAGAAGGUUGAUCCUUUGCAAAACAAGACAGAGGGAUGGCAUGUCAAAGAAAAACCCAUACCCGAAUGGGAGCGCCAAGAAAUUGCCCAUGAAAAUGAAAUUAGAAAGAAAACAAAGUAA